AUGGGCGCGAUACCAAAGAAGAGCCAUGUGAGCGGUGGAUGGCUCAUCGCCCUAAUCACACUAGUUGAUGCCAUGUCUGCAAUGUGGUUUGGCUAUUGCCAGGGCGUUUUCGCCGGCGUUCUUGUGUCGGAAGAUUUCUUGCGGCUGUUCCCGCAGACAAGCGAUGCAAACAUUUCUGGCAUAGUGACAAGCUGCUUUCUUCUUGGCGCUUUCUUCGGCGCCAUGCUUGCGUUCCUUCUCGGCGACCAGCUCGGCCGCAAGAAGACGAUAAUCAUCGGCCAUAUCCUCAACUUCACCGGCGCCCUGCUUCAAUGUCUAGCAUGGUCACUACCACAGAUGAUAACUGGCCGCAUCGUGAAUGGCUUUGGUAUGGGCAUGACCAGUACCAUGUCACCAGUGUAUCUGGCCGAGUGCGCACGAUCACAUGUACGCGGGAGGCUUCUCGUCAUCGGUGCUAGUUCCAACGUGACAAGCUUCUGUAUCGCGAACUGGAUCAGUUACGGCAUGUACUACCAACCCGGUCCCUUGCAGUGGCGAUUUCCCUUGGGCUUCCAACUCAUCUUCGCGUUGUUCCUGACUCCGAUCCUCUUCUUCACCCCGGAAAGCCCGCGGUGGUUGCUCCUUGUCAGCAAAGACGAAGAUGCGCUGAGGGUGAUCGCGAGGCUAGCAGGCACGGGCACAGAGGAUGGCACUGCCAACCGGGAGUUCAGAAGCAUCAAAGAGGCCAUCAGGAUGGAGCGAGAAAGCAAAGUGCCUGUCAUGGACGUGCUUUGCCAUCGGGACAAGACGCGGAAUUUCAGACGGCUCAUCCUGAGCUGUGGCACCCAGUUCAUGCAGCAGUUUAGUGGGAUCAAUGCUUUAGGAUUCUAUCUUCCUACCCUGCUUCAGCAAAGUGUGGGGUUCGACAACAGGAUGAGCCGUCUGCUUACCGCGGUCAUCGGUACUAUAUACUUCCUGUCCGCUUUCGGGAGCAUCGCGGUAAUCGACCACGUUGGUCGACGUCGGCUCAUGCUGAUUGGUUCGGUCCUGACGGCCGCUUGUCAUCUCAUCGCUUCGGUAUGCUUGAAAGUGGGAGAUGAAGACCAGUCCAGGGCAAAGAUGAUGAGAAGCGUUGCUGUUGCUAUGUUCACUCUUUACCAUGUGUUUUUUGGAUGCACUUGGGCUGGUGUCCCGUGGGUAUACUCGGCCGAGCUUAACUCGCUAGGCUGGCGGACAAGAGGAGCAGCCGCUGCCACGGCGACCAAUUGGCUCAUGGCGUUCGUGGUAGUACAGUAUACGAAAGUCGGGCUUGACAACCUGGGCUGGGCAUUUUAUCUGAUUUUUGCCGGUCUGACUUUCAGCUAUAUCCCUGUGGUAUACUGCUUCUACCCCGAGACUUCCGGCAGGACACUGGAAGAUAUGGACGAAGUAUUUAUAAGGCAUCCGGAUGUAUUUGUGUGUCGCAAUCCCGAGACGACCCAGCUUACCAGACCACAAGUCCUAGUUGACGCUGAACGGGACCGGAUUGCAAGGGCGGAGGCCCCCGAUAUGCAACACGUUCUUUGA